GAAUCUGAUGAAGCAGCAGCCAUGGAACGAGUGUUUUCAAAUACGGAGGUUCCGUCAUGGAGAAACCAGAUAACCUUUCGAGCAAUCAUCACGAGUUUCAUCCUUUCCAUCGUCUUCAACUUUAUUGUUUGCAAGCUGAACCUCACCACCGGAAUAAUCCCCUCGCUAAACGUCGCCGCCGGUCUUCUUGGGUUCUUUAUCCUAAAAACAUGGACGACUUUGCUGAAUAAAUUCGGCCUUCUGAAACAUCCUUUUACAAGACAAGAGAAUACAGUGAUUCAAACUUGCGUUGUGGCUUCUUCAGGAAUCGCUUUCAGUAGUGGAACUGCAAGUUAUUUGUUAGGAAUGAGUUCAAUGGUUGCGUCUCAGUUAGAGACGGGGAACACGCCGAUUAAUGUGAAGAAACUCUCCCCAGGGUGGAUGAUUGGUUAUCUCUUUGUUGUCAGCUUUGUUGGCCUCUUCUCCAUUGUUCCUUUACGCAGGAUGAUGAUCAUGAAGUUAAAGCUCACGUAUCCUAGUGGAACCGCUACUGCAUACCUUAUCAACAGCUUUCAUACUCCCAAAGGUGCAAAGUUAGCAAAGAGGCAAGUCUCAGUGUUAUUCAAAUCCUUCUCGUUUAGUUUCGUAUGGGCGUUUUUCCAGUGGUUUUUUGCAGCCGGUGAUGACUGUGGAUUCGCCAGCUUCCCCACCUUUGGUCUCAAAGCGUAUGCCCAAAGAUUCUAUUUUGAUUUCUCAUCAACAUAUGUUGGUGUGGGAAUGAUAUGUCCUUAUAUGGUUAACAUUUCAUUACUCAUUGGUGCAAUCAUGUCAUGGGGCAUCAUGUGGCCACUCAUUGAAGCCAAGAAAGGAAUUUGGUAUUCAGCAGAUUUAUCAGCAAGCAGUCUUCAUGGCAUUCAAGGUUAUAGGGUAUUUCUUGCAGUUGCAACAAUGCUCGGGGACGGAUUAUUCCAUGUUGUAUACAUGGCAAUCAUGAUGCUAUUUACCAUAAUCAAAACCGGAUCAAAAAAAGUCGAAUCUUUACCUCAAGACGAAAAUAGAUCACAACUUACUUUCGAUGAACAAAAACGAAACGAGUACUUCACUAAAGACCAAAUUUCAACAUUCACUGCACUAGGAGGCUACAUAACCCUAGCAAUAAUCUCAAUAUUCAUCAUCCCUAAUUUCAUCUUCCCUCAAAUAAAGUGGUACCACAUGUUAGUAGCAUACAUCAUUGCCCCAAUUCUAGCCUUUUGCAACGCAUACGGAUGUGGUCUCACCGAUUGGUCACUUGCGUCAAACUAUGGAAAACUUGCGAUCCUUAUAUUCAGCGGGUGGGCUGGAAUGGGUCACGGAGGAAUCAUCGCGGGUCUAGCCGCAUGUGGUGUGAUGAUGAACAUUGUCUCAACAGCUUCAGACUUAAUGCAAGAUUUCAAGACUGGAUACCUCACUCUAUCAUCACCUAGAUCAAUGUUUUUUAGUCAAGUUAUUGGAACUGCUAUGGGGUGUGUUAUGUCACCAUUGGUGUUUUGGUUUUUUUAUCGGGCUUAUUCUGUGGGUGACCCGGAUGGGUCUUACCCGGCUCCAUAUGGUGCUCUUUAUCGUGGGAUUGCGGUUCUUGGAGUUGAAGGAUUGGGUGCACUUCCGCAUAACUGUUUGAAGCUUUCGAUUUGGUUUUUUGUUGGCGCCAUUUUGGUGAAUCUUUUGACUGUGGUUUUGAAGAGGUAUGAGAAAAGGUUUGGGGUUUAUAGGUUUAUUCCGAGUCCGAUGUGCAUGGCGAUUCCGUUUUAUCUUGGGGCGUAUUUUGCGAUUGAUAUGUGUAUUGGGAGUUUGAUUCUUUUUGUGUGGGAGAUGAAGAAUAAGAAGGCGGCUAAAGAGUUGGCUCCGGCGGUGGCUUCAGGGAUGAUUUGUGGUGACUCGUUGUGGGGUAUACCGGCGGCAGUAUUGGCUAUGGCGGGUGUUAAGGCUCCGAUCUGCAUGAAGUUUCUUUCGGCUUCUGUUAACAAGAGAGUAGAUGGAUUUUUGGGUAGUUGA